CAACUGGUUAUCCGCAUCUGCAAAAGGAGCAUAUGGUAGCCCUGGAGCUUCAGAGAGAGAAUUGAAAACAAGUUAGCCAGGGGCACGGGGCUGUUUUUAGCUAAAACGCUCGACCCAUGGCUCUGGAGCUCGCGGCCCUGCCAUGUGUGAUGCUUGAUGCCGACGGGAUGCCUUCAUUACUCGCUCGUCAUCGCGUCCGGACUAAGGUCCCUUCGAGUCCCUUUUCUCCCUGCAUGCUUCGCUCUGUCAUGGAACUAUCCUUAUUUCGAUAAUCGGUGCGACAUCACAAGUGCCUAUUCGCCGUCCUCGAGCUCCCAACCCCCGCGUGCUGCUGCUCCCGUGCACGUUCUGCCGCUCCUUGAUCUCAUCCCCCGUGCGACCCGCUCCUCCUCACGAACAAUAUGGCGUCCGCCCUGAACAAGCGCCAGCAAGCGCGCAACGAGCGAGCAUUACAGGAGCUCAUCAAGACGGUUCCUGGGAACAGCACAUGUGCCGACUGUGGCGCGAGGAAUCCAGGAUGGGCAAGCUGGAGCCUGGGCAUCUUCCUAUGCCUACGAUGCGCUGCCCUACAUCGCAAGCUAGGAACCCACAUCUCCAAGGUCAAAUCGCUGAGUAUGGAUAAAUGGGACAAUGCGCAAGUCGAUAACAUGAAGCGCAUUGGUAAUUCCGAGUCAAACAAGACGUAUAACCCGCGCAACACCAAGCCUCAAAUACCCAUCGAUGUCGACGAGGUCGACGGUGCCAUGGAAAGAUACAUACGACAGAAAUACGAGCAGCGGGUAUACAUGAGCGAUUCGCGCCCGGGCACACGGCAGAAUACAGGCAGUACGAGUUCCGAAGACAGACCACCUCCACUACCACCAAAGCCUACCGGUCGAUUUGGGUUCGGGUUACGGAAAGCGGCCACCUCUCCGCGAGACCUGACGCCUCCCCUGUCUCCUGGUCUUGGGAACUUCGGACAGGAUACAUCUCCACCACGGGUUAAUAAAGCGUCGAGAGUUUUUGGGUCAAAUAUAAAUACGUCGGGCGAUGGCCUCGAUUCGAAACUGGCGACAUUGCGGGAUAUGGGCUUUCCGGACGACAAGCGAAAUUCGACAGUCUUGAAGGGACUCAAUGGGAAUUUGGACCGGACAGUGGAAGCUUUGAUUAGGUUAGGGGAGCAGAACCCUGGCAAAUCGAGAGGGAGCACACCGACGCCGCCUACGAAACCCGGCUUCAAUGGCAUUUCCUUCGACAGGACGAGAACCUCGCCCGCUGCUACUAGCUCAACCAACCCGUUUGACGCUUUAGACGCUGUCCCACCCCCAGCCCAGCAGCAGCCGCAACCUACAUCGAUUCAAACCCAACAAACGUCCUAUGGAGGAUCAUCUGCGCAGCCCAUUUCGCCCACGAAUUCUUACAACCCAUUCUUAUCACAGGCGCCCCAAGCACCAUACCAACAGCAAGGUUACCCGCAGCAGCAACAACAACAGCAGCAGCCACAGCAACAGCAACAAUGCUUCAAUUACUCACAGAACCCAUAUGCGCAGCAACAACAAAGUCUCGAGCAGUCUUUCCAGGGCAUGCAGGUCACAGGUCAACAGUCUCAACAACCAUUGUUCCCCAACCGAACUGGUGGAUAUGGACAGACUCAACCUUCGCCAUAUGCGCAAACGAACCCAUUCCACCAGACAUCCUUUACACCUCCACCAAUGCCGCAGAUAUCCGAGCAGUAUAGCUCUUUCUUUCCACCCCAGCCACAAUAUCAGUCAAUGUCAUCGCCUACGAGCCCAGGGAACCCUUUCCUAAAGUCUUCGCGAAGUCAAAUCUUCACCCCCACAACCUCGAAUCCAUUCGGGCAACCAGCUACUCAGCAACAAGUUCCACAGCAACCGGCACCGCAACCGCAAGCGUCACAAAACCCGUGGAUGCAACAGCAGCAGCCACAACUACAGCAAAACCAGGCCUCCACUCCCCAGGCCUCCAACCCGUGGCAGAGCCAGCAGCAAAGCUAUCAAGGCCAACAGCAAACGUACCAGAAUCAGCAAAGCUACCAAAAUCCCCAGCCGAGCUAUCUAAACCAACAGCAAGGUUUCCAAGGAAACCCCAACCCUUUUGAUAAAACUUCCAUCUUGUCGCUAUAUAACCAGCCACAACACGCUCCUCAGCGUACAGAGCAGCCGCAAGCACCACCUGUGCCUGCACCAACAUCAGCCCCACCGACCCAGCUGUCUGGCCACAUGAAUCCGUUCGCGUCCAAGUCUGGCGCCCAGCAAGGCCAACCGCUAUCUGCUGCUCAGACUCCGGGCGUCCGGCAUGUGAGCAACGAAAGCAUGGAUUUUUCCGGAUUGAUGGGCGGGAGACACUCCCCGGACGCGUUUUCAGGCUUGAGUGCGAACUUUAGGCGGUAAGGUGGGAGGGGAGCAAGCAAUUGUGCAUAGGAUACCUUCAUAUUUGGAUCAUCGCACCUGUCGAGUAUAAUGCAUUUGGAUAUGGAGAUGAUAUAGGGAUUUCUGUUGUAUGAUAGGGGGUUUAUAGCAUAGUAAUGACCGUAAUUAUUUUCUGUUUGUUGAAUUCAUGUUAUAAGUUUUAGGAUUGCGUUAGCUCUGGUCUUUAGAACUGCUUGCUUCAACUUGCUCUCUUGAUAUAUUGCAGCCUUCUUAUUAUCCACUUUCUACUGCGGAGG